UCAUGACGAGCCCUUUUUGCUGAGUUUUCUCGACCCGCUCCCAUCCUUUCCAUCAUUUUUUAUUCGCGGCCUCCGCUCGCGGCGAAAAGCGCAGAGACCGCCUCCGUCCUCAUCUCUUUCCCAUUUCCUCUGUUCCAAGUUUUAUUCCCAGUUUUUGCUCGGAGCUAAGGGCAAUCAGGGAGGUUUCCGAGGUUCCAAUCCUCGAUCGAUUGCGUUGUCCCGGCGUCCGCCAUUUCGCUCCCUCAUUUUUCUGUUCUUUUAUCAUAUUCUAUUACGUUUUGAGGGUUGGAUCUGUGGAUUUUGGUAGCCACCGGUCUCUAGAUCUCUGGACGCGGGUUUAAGAGGUCGGAGAAGUAUCAGGUCGUGUAGAUCGCGGACCGUCUGAUCGAGAAUCGAUGGCUUUCAGCGGCACGCAGCAGAAGUGCAAGGCCUGCGACAAAACGGUCUACUUGAUGGACCAGUUGUCCGCCGAUGGGAUCGCCUAUCACAAGUCCUGCUUCAAGUGCAAUCACUGCAAAGGCACCUUAAAGCUGAGCAAUUAUUCUUCACUGGAAGGUGUCUUGUAUUGCAAGCCUCAUUUUGAGCAGCUCUUCAAGGAGACAGGCAGCUUCAACAAGAGCUUCCAGUCACCUGCAAAGCCAGCUGAGAAGCCAACUCCAGAACUGACUAGGUCUCGUAGCAAAGCUGCUGGCAUGUUUUCAGGAACUCAAGAAAAAUGUGCCACUUGUGGCAAAACAGCAUAUCCGCUUGAAAAGGUGACUGUCGAAGGACAAGCAUAUCACAAGUUUUGUUUCAGAUGUUCCCAUGGAGGCUGUUCUAUAAGCCCUUCAAACUACGCAGCCCUUGAAGGCAUCCUCUAUUGCAAGCACCACUUCUCUCAGCUUUUCAAGGAGAAGGGGAGUUACAACCAUCUCAUCAAGAGUGCUUCCAUCAAGCGCACAGCGGCAUCCACCCCAGAUCUUUGAGUUCGUUCUGUUUACUGCAGUGGAUUCACACCCAAGCUUACCAUCUGAACUUAUUAUAUCUUUCGUUUUGGAUGUUUUCAUCCUUUCUGAUUGUUCAAUCAAGGAAUUGGCGAACUUGCAUUCCUCUGUUUUCCUAAUCCUUCUUGUGUGUAUUCUGUAGCUAUGUCAAACCAUAAAAAGCUGGUAUUCCAUAUUCCAUGCAUUUGAUUUGUGUUUUCCAACAGGAUUUGCAGUUAAGCUUCAUGUUUAUGUGAAACCAGGUGCGGUAUAUAACAUUAUGCUGUAAUACCUAUGGCCAUGCCCCUGAUCAUUCCUAGGAGGGGAUGGUGCCUUCAGUAAUUUCAAAGCUCUGACUUUGUUGGCGA